AGCAGCAGCCGGGCUGGCUCCCUGGCGCGGUUUCCUGGAGCCAAAUGGCUCCUGUCCUCCUGCUCCGGGUGUGCGGCCUCCUCUGCGCCUGGUCACUGGUGACGGGACACCCAUGUAGCCUCGACCACCAGGGAUGGGCCGACUGCAAUAGGAAGAGCCUCCUGCAUGCUCCAAGCUCCCUUCCAAGCAACAUCACUGGUUUGGACCUCUCCUUCAACUCCCUGGUUGUGCCCCGUCAUGGGACCCUCUUGAUGGAUUUCCCUUCCUUGCACUCCCUCAACCUCUCUGGCAAUGCCCUGCUAGCACUGAGCCCAGCAGUCUUCUCCAACCUCAGGGCACUGCGUGUACUGGACCUGAGCAGCUGCAGCAUCGCCUCCCUCCACACAGAUGCUUUCAAGGGCUUGAAAAACUUGCACACACUGCUCCUAAGAAACAACAGCCUGCAAGAGCUUGAGGCCGCUUUCCUCCUGCCUCUGAAGGCCCUUUCCCACCUGGACGUGCGGCACAACGCGCUGGUGUCCGUGGAGGCCGCAAGCCUGUGGGCGCUGGAGGCUGUCCCACGGGUGCAGCUGGAGGGGAACCCCUGGGUGUGCAGCUGCGCCGUGCGCCCGCUGUGGCACUGGCUACGGCACAGGCAAGCUGUGCAGGUGACCUGCGCGUCGCCCCCGGGGCUGCAGGGCCAGGAGAUCGCAGCUCUGGAUUCCCAGGACCUGGGCUGCCCGAUGAUGCAGCGCUUUCCUCGGGGAGUCAGCACGGAGCAGCAGGUCACAGCGUCCAACAGCAACACCACCACGCUGCCCACUGGGAAGGGGGGAAGGAGCUGGCCCUACCUGGUGGGAUUCUUAGUGGCAGCAAUCAGCCUCUCCAUCCUGAUUGCUCUGGCUGCCAAAUGCAAGCUCUUCCACAAGAACUUUGCCAGCUACCGCCACCAGCCUCUGCCCGAAACCAGCUCCAUUGGAGGCAGCCCCAUGGAGCACAGCAGCGACUGGGACAGGGGCUCCUUGGGCAGCCACCCCAUGCCCAGUGCUGCUGACCUGCAAGCUGAGGAUGAUGAUGGCUUCAUUGAGGACAACUACAUCCAGCCAAAUGAGCAGCUGCCAGAGGAGGAGGAGCAGGAGUCACACCUCUCCAUCUGAGCCUGCAGCCCAGUCAUCUCCACUGUAGCAUCUCACUGCCUCCCUCCAUCUCCAUCUUCUUCCUGCCCUUUCCCACUAGCCCUUGGCUGUUGGUCCUAUGUGGCUGCAGAGGAGAGGAGAGGAGAGGA